ACUCUUCCUUGGAGUCUGUCUCCUGCUGCUCAUGGCAGCCACAGAUCUGCGCCAUUGGGGCUCCUCUCCCCACCCAGACAAGCAGUUUGAGAGGUGAGUGAGCCCUGGGUUGGAGUCUCUUUGCUGUGCCUGGCAAGGGAAGAGGAGCUUAGCAUCACAGGCAUUUCAGAAACAUGGUGAAAUGACAAAUCAGUGGAACACUGUGUGACUUGGCUAUGGAUUAGAUUAUGCAGACAGGAUAGAUUAUGCCAUGAAGGCAGGGCAGCAGACCAGGACACAGAGAAGAUUCUGUAGAAUCUAGCAAGAGAAUUUUUGAGGGGAGAGGACCACAUAGGAGGAUCUGUAUGGCUACAAAUCCUAACCCAUAAGAAUGAGAUUAUAUGUGUCGGUUUAGCAGCCUUCUGCCCGGAGACUGAAUGCACAAAGUGGAGAGGGAUCAAAGUCUAAUGAAAACAGUAGUAAUGUGUGACUUGGUAUAAGCUAGUGACAUGUCUCAGCAGGACAAGGUUUAGAGAAGCCAUUUCUUGACACCUGAAACUGCUUCUUGAAACCACUAGUUCCAAAGCACACAAGGAGAGAGGUUAUUCUGACCUUAGUUCUGAGGAACAUGCAACUGCUGAUUUAAGAAGGAGGCACAGUUGAUCUAUGAGGCGGUCUUGACAACAAUAUCAAGUUUAGCAUCCUCGGGGGAGAGAGGGUUGGGACAGUAAACUUCAGAAAGGGGGAUUUACAAUAAAAAGUAAGGAAAUUAAAUUUCUCAGACUGCCCAGAAGCUGCUUACACACAAUAUGUCCCCCUCUGUUUAUAGACAACAGCUCAUAGUAAAUUGUUCAGAGAAACCGAAACAUUGUACUAGUAUAGGGAGCUCUGUGCCUUGCUUUCACUCUUUGCCUGAACCCCCUGAAGAAGUUGUGCUAGUGAGGAUGAAGGUGCACGUGUUGGACCUCCCAGCCACUUAGCCCUUUUCUGUCCAACCUCUGAAGAACAGCACAGAUGACAGAAACGUUAUGCAGUUUACUUCUCUCUGGGUGACCCCUGGUCUCGAGUCCCGUAUCUUCCCCAUAACCUGACGGGUAGCAUCCAGCAAGGGAAGUGUGGUGCUUUGCAUUCACCCACAGUUCUUCUCCAAGAUGAUGAUGGAAUUUAAAGUUAAAAGACCCUUGGUGCUCUACUUGGAGUGGACUAAAUCGCUCAGCAAGUCUACCCAACUUCUUCUUUCUCCAGGCACCAAUGCAGUGGACAGUGCUGUUCCCAAGAGUGCUAAGGAUGUCAGACUGCAUGUCACAUUGCAUCUGUCACCUGGCUGGUCUGAAACUAGAAGGCAACGCUAGGUUGCUGAAUCUGCCUGUCUCAGGGGUGUCUCCAUCACAGCUAUGUGAUGGGCUGCUCUGUGGUCCUCUCCCCAACGUCCCCAAGUGUCAGUGCUUGCACUGGCUACCAAGAAGGAGUCCUGUUUCAGCCCCUCCACCCUACAGAACUCAUUUCCAAGACACAGAGGCCAAACUCUCCUGCCCCCAAGAAAAGCUUUGUUCUCUCUUGGGGAGCCCUAUAUUUGCAGCUGGCCAACCGUUUGCAUAGGGAUGUGUCUCUAAUUGCUGCUGCUCCUGUGUGUUGAAUGUUGUCUGAAGCUGCCCUUGUAAGAAGGGAUUCUUUCUGGGUCAGUGUUUCUACAUGUGGAUUAAAGAAAACCCUCCUGUGGCCGUUGCUUCUCAUUGCAACUUCUCUCUCUGGUUGGAGCAUCCCUUGAGCUCCUUAUGCCCCCGGAGGGAGAAUCCUGCACAGAUGGAAUCUGUAGAGAAGGGGAAAUGGCCAGUCAGGCACGGCUCUGCCAGUGCUGAGAUAGUGACAAGACUGGGGCCUUGGUUUGCUUUUCUGAAGAGCUCCUCCAUCAGGAUGCUCCCUUCUGCCACUCCCAGGUGGAAGGGGCGUCUCUUUUCCCAGCCCAUUAGUUUUCAUGCCUCAUUGGAGUUGAGCCUCUUGAUAUGGCUGUUUUUCUUGGGAAUUUUGUGUCCCGUAUAAUGGAGGGACUGUGGAAAGUUCAGGAGGGAGUGGCAUGUGACUGACAUGAAAGUGCUGUGCUAUUGCUGGCCGUAAGCUCUAGAGGAGCUCCAGGGGUCUCGCAUGGCAGGGCUGAGAGGCCAGAGUGAGUCCUGCUGGAGCAGCAUCUCCAGAGACGCAGGAUCACAAGGUCAGUAAUUUUCCCCUCCCUUGUCAGAGUGCUGAGGGCUCUGGCUGUAACACAAUUACCCCAGAAGCACAGGGCCAGUGAGGCGCCAGCUCUGUGCUAGGCAGUUCCACUUUCCGCACCUGCUUCUGGGCUCAGGGAAGGGCAGAGAUGUCCCCCCGGUGCCGCUGUAAUUGAGUUGAGGUUGUUUAUUGUCCAUAUUAUAGCCCGGGGGUCAUCGGAGCCUCGUGGAAGCGGAUGCUCUGGGCUGGGUAAUGGUGCUGAGCCAGGGCAUCCUAAUUCUGUUAGGCCUUUUACUAAUGGAAAAGUGAAGCUGCAGCCCCUGGUUCUGCCCUGCGUGCGGGCAGCUAGCAUUGCGCUGACUCAGCCAACGGGCACAGCUGCAGGCGGGGGGCCUGCGAGGGAAGGAAUCAAUCGGCCAUAUUGAUCUGCUGCCCUGAGGAUCCAGAAGAGCUCGUCAGUGCCCUGAGGGAGUCUGGAGCUUUCUUGCCACUUUAGAAGCAGAGCUCUGAGGGCAAGUACUUUGUGCAGCAUCAACAGAGCCUACAGAGUGGGCUAAUGAGGAGAGAAGGCCCCAUCAAUCUGCCCUAUGGCCUCUGGAAGGACAGACCAGACAUUGUGCGGGGGCGAAGCCCUCCUAGGGUUCGCUGGUACCUGGCACGGGUGGGAGACCUGCAAGCUACAGACACAGAGGACUCAACGCUGAACUACGGGAUUGUCAUUGAUUGUGGGAGCAGUGGCUCCCGGGUCUUCGUGUAUUUCUGGCCACCGCACAAUGGGAAUCCUCAUGACCUUUUGGACGUCAAGCAGAUGAGAGACCAGAACAGCCAGCCUGUUGUCAAGAAAAUCAAGCCAGGUGAGGACAGGGCUGGUGAAGGCCAUGCAGGGAUCUCUGUGCUGGCAACAACUCCUGAGCAAGCCAGUCACUACAUGCGCCCGCUGCUCAGCUUCGCUGCAGCUCAUGUGCCGGUAAAGAAGCACAAGGAGACUCCGCUCUACAUCCUGUGCACGGCAGGCAUGAGGCUGCUGCCUGAGACACAGCAGGCUGCGAUCCUGGAGGACUUGGUGAGGAAUGUGCCCCUGGAGUUUGAUUUUCUCUUCUCCGAGUCGCAAGCUGAAGUGAUCUCAGGGAAGCAGGAAGGAGUCUAUGCCUGGAUUGGGAUCAACUUUGUCCUGGGGAGAUUCGAUCACGAGGAAGAGGAGGAUGCGAUGAUCACUGUGGCCCUGGGGGGUCAGGCGGAGCCCCUGGUGCGGAAACGGACAGUGGGGAUCCUGGACAUGGGUGGUGCCUCUCUGCAAAUCGCCUACGAGGUGCCCAGCAUGGAGACCUUCUCCUCCCCACAGCAGGAGGAGGCUGCCAAGAGCCUGCUGGCUGAGUUCAACCUGGGCUGCGAUAUCCAGCACACAGAGCAUGUGUACCGUGUCUACGUCAACACCUUCCUGGGCUUUGGGGGCAACUUUGCACGGCAGCGCUACGAGGACCUUGUGCUGAACCAGACCCGUGCCCACAACAGGCUGCAGGGCCAGCAGACAGGAACAAGUGCCGAGACACCCUUUCUGGAUCCCUGCCUGCCUGUGGGACUCGAGGACACAGUAGAAAGGGGUGGCCAGACCCUGCAUGUCCGAGGGCAAGGAGACUGGCAGGCCUGUGCGCAGCUGCUGCACCCUCUGCUGGCAGGGGUCAAUGUCAGCCAGGCCUCCCUGACCCACACUUACCAGGCGCCCAUUGACUUCAACAACAGCGAGUUCUACGGCUUCUCUGAAUUCUUCUACUGUACUGAGGAUGUGCUGCGUCUCGGGGGCCACUACCAUGCACCCAGCUUCACCCGCGCUGCCCAGGAUUACUGUGGCCUAAGCUGGUCAGUGCUGACUGAACGGUUCCAAGAGGGCCUGUACUCACCACAUGCGGACCAGCAUCGGGUCAAGUAUCAGUGCUUUAAAUCUGCCUGGAUGUACCAAGUCCUUCAUGAGGGCUUCCACUUUCCCCUGGAUUACUCCAGCCUGCACACGGCCCAGCUGGUGUACGACCGUGAGGUGCAGUGGACCCUGGGAGCCAUUCUCUAUAAAACACGGUUUCUGCCACUCAGGGAUCUCCGGCAGGAGAGCAGCCGGCAGGCCCACAGCCCCUGGCUCCGCCUCUCCUUCGUUUACAAUCACUAUCUCUUCUUCGUCUGCAUUCUGGUGGUGCUGCUGGCCAUUAUCCUCUACCUACUGCGGCUGCGCCGCAUUCACAGAUGCCAGCUGCGCUCGGCUCCACUCAACCUGCUGUGGCUGGAAGAGGUGGUGCUGUUGCCAGGCCAGGAACUGGGACCCUAAUCCUGCUACAUCCCAAGAAUCUGUCUCAGCCACAAUUCAACCUGCUUCUAGGUUCCAGUUCCAGCAUCUGAACUGGAACCUAGGCUGGAUGGCAAGUGCCCAAAGACUUCUGUCAGGAGGUCCAUCAUCUCCUCCUCCUCCUCUUAAAGCCAGAACCAGAGUCUGACAGGUCCUAAGCAGCACAGGACAUGCCUCCAGGACUUUGCAUUUGUCAGAAAUAUAAGCACCAGAGCCAAGAGAGGUGACACCCACUGAGAGGUGGCAUCACCAAGGCAGAGCUAGCACUUCCUACUCAGGGAAGUGUAAAGGCAGCACAGUUGUAGCAUUUCCUCUCAUCUGUUGUCUUGCAAACCUAUGGAACUCACUGCACCAAGAUAUCAGUGAGGCCUAGAGUUGGUAGGAUUUAGAGGAUGACUAGACACUUGAGGGACCAACAAGCACAGCUGCUGUUCCCUCUGAAAACUCAAUCCUAGAGGACUUAGUCAGCUAAGCCAGCUUCUGCCUGCCAAAGAGCAGGGAUCCUGGACCCCUAAGUCUCUGUCCUUUGGCCCUGUUGUGGACAUAGAGGAGCCCCUGCCCCUCCUGUCUUCACAGACAGGCUGCAGCCUUUGCUCAGUUUUUUGCUCCAAGGGGACAGGACUGGGACCUGGAACCUUGGCCCUGGCUCUAUGUUCAGGCUGUGCCUGUAGCGGUCAGAGGACUGGCUGGAGUUAGCCAGCAAGCAUGACAUGCUCCCUGGCUCUAGGGAGUAGCUGUGGCAGCUUGGCCUGUCAUGGUCAAAGGGCCAGAGUCCCUCAUCCCAUCUUCACAGGAGAGGGGUUUAACCCGACCAAAAGGGCUGAGCAGCAGUGAGUCUGUUUCCAUUGGUGUGUCCUGUUCCCAACUAGUGGGGUACCCUAUGGUCCAUAAGGCACAAUGCCCCAGUCUGAGCCAUGCGGUUUCUUGAUUUCAGAGAGGGGGAAGCAUUUGGAAACUUCAUAAUUCUGUGCUGAAUUGGGUUUCUUCUACCAGAAGCUAUUUGAAUGAACAUUCUCUCUCAGCCCUCAUCCCGGCCUCAGGGCUUUAAGCCUCCCUCCAGCCCAUCUGUUUGGUAAAGAGGUGCACAGCCCAACUGCUGCAUCCCAGCAGCUCUCACCCUAGGGAAGGGCUCUCUGCUACCUCAGUUGGAUUACAUUUGAUGUCUUGUAGGGGCUAAGACAAGACACUGGCCCCAGCAACGGGACUGGAAGGGCCACUAGCUUGUUCUCUGAAAGGGGAGGCAGUGUUUGUCCAUGGGUGGGCAAGGGCCUUCCUCAUUCCAACCCUAUCCCCCACCCAUUUGCUGCAAAAUCACUUUCCCUGCCAAGGACAGCACUCCUUCCCACAGCAAGUGCUGGCUCAACUUGGCCAUGGAACCCCUGCUGUAACCUGGUUCCAGAGGGUAGCUCAGAACUGCACUGGGUUUCUGCAGGGUUCCGAGCCCUCCCCUGGAGGAGGGAGGACUGGGCCUGGUCUGCCUCCGUAGCCAAAUCCAUGUCUUCAGCCUCCAGGCCCUGCACAGACCCCUUUGUGGUGCAGGUAGGCAGGCAAGGAUGUGUAGCCUCCAUACUCUAAGCUGGCUGCACACCCUGCAACUGGUUCGUUUUCAAACUAUGCCAAGGGAACAACUAUACCUACGUAAGCUCCACGUUUCACUUCCACACCCUCAUGUCCUGCCCUGAUAUGAAGUGGUGGGACUAUCUACCACCUGUAGAGAAGAUAAGGAACCCCUGUGGGUCAGCCUCUAUGCCACACUGGUCUCACACCCCACCAGGGAUACUGAGACCUCCUCCUGGCCCUGGACAAAGUGGCCAUAUACACCAUGAGGAGGAGGAUACUGGAUGAGGGGGUAUUCUGUGAUUGGGACCUAUUUCUGGUCCUCCCUGGUCUCAUGCAUCCAGGCAGAGUUCCUCUGUGUGGCACCCCCUAGCUCCUUAGACAGGUUUGAGGAGUAGUGGGGGCUGUCUGGGGUUCUCUGCUCAGUGUCCCCAUCUGGAACUCCUCUCCCUGUUAUUCCUUAGUUAGCCCCUGUAUUCAUUUGGAUUCUUGGUCCAGUGGUUCCCUCCCACAAGGUUGAGGAAGGGUCCUUUAGACACAGGUGGUCUCACACUCCCCCGCCUCCUGGAAAUUCCCAUAAGGCCUCCCCUCCUUCGGCUGGGCUCUGCCUCCACUGUUGAAUGCAUUUGGAUUACUUGAACCCCACCUACUCCAGUUACUAGAGCAAUAAAUGAUCCACAAGCCACCCACAA